CUUGUCAGUGUGUUUCGUUCGGCUUUAUAGGCUACAAACAGGGGCAUUUUGUAGCCGCCAGUCUUCGUGUUUCCAUUGGCUUUUUAGGCUCCAAAUGUAGGUGUUCUGUAGUGGCCAUUUAGCAGGGAAAGUGGCACGAAAAGCGAUUGUUUUUCACCAAGACAUCACUGCGUCUCCUGCCAGAAUUGUGCCCCUAAAACAUGAUCUUUCACCAACUGUUUUUUGUGCCAAAACCGAACCACAGUGUUUUUGAAAUUUUAAAGUUAAACGGAUCCACGACACAAUAACGUGCAUAUGUAAUGUAUCGAUGGUUUGCAGAAACGUACAAUGUCAAAAUUUUGUAGUGAUUGGGUUGACUCUCACAACUAUUCUCAUUCUUCUUCCAUCAGAGUACUGGUUUUUGUGUUUGUUUUGUUUUUUGCAGUUGCAGAAUAAUGGAAAGAAAUAUAUCAUCAAUUCUCAACUCAACCGCUCUCCCACUCAAUACCACUGCCAACGCCACAGAGAAACCCUUCAGUGUGUUUGAUGGAUGUGAACAUAUGGUAGAGGGCAUCCUCUUCGACCUGACCCUGCAGUGCAUCAAUGUAGCCGUGGGAAUCCCUGCUAACUUACUUGUCAUCGCCAUCCUCAUUCGCAAUCGCAAAGAACCCACCACUUCAGACAUAUUCUUGGGCUGCCUGGCCUCCAUGGAUGCCUACUUUAGCGCCAUGACCCCUGUCAGCUUCCUUAACCUUUACCACUGGCACAGCAAAGAAGUUUGGUCGGCCCUGAAGUUCUCCUAUGGUGUGAAAGACAUAAGCGGGCCGUUGUUUCUCUCCUGUAUCUGCCUGGAUCGAUUUAUUGCCGUGCUCUUUCCAGUUAUGUUUGGGCAGCUUAAACACAUCAAGUACAGGAUAAGCCUCUCACUGCUGGUGUUCUGCCUCACUUUUGCCUACUCUGCAGCCAAGGUUGUGGGGGGUCUUCCCAACUUUGAGAAGGUGUUCACCGGUGAGAUCUUGGCAGCAUUUACUUGGAUGGUCGUGUGCAAUGUGUCUAUCCUGUGGGCCCUGAAGAAGUCCCGCGGCACAGGUAAAGAUGAGAUGCACCCCAUGAAGAAGAAGGCCUUCAAGAUGGUGCUGUCUAUCCUUUGUAUCAUUGUGUUUAACUACCUGCCACCUGUUGCAAUGUUUCCUUUUGAAGACCACUACGCCCCUAAUGUAUUUCGCUGCUAUGUGCAGCCUGUGGGCUUUGCUUUCCUCAACAUCAGCAGCACCAUCCAGCCGCUCAUCUAUCUGUCUCGUCUGGAGAGGAUGCCUUUCCUCCCAGACAGCUGCGUCAAGAAGUACUGCACCUGUGUCUCGGCAGAGAACAAUAAAACCCCACCUGCUCAAAAGCCACCUGCUUAGGUUUAGGAAGAUCUUAUAUUCACAUUGUAACUCAUGGAUGCUCAGUUUAACAUUUUUCUCUAAAGAAGACUU